UGGUGAACUCCCUGACAGAGGUAGACAUCAAGUCACGAGGCGUCCCCGUCCUGGAUCUGUUCCUGGCGCAGGAAGCAGAGCGGCUGAGGAAGCAGACAGGCGCUGUGGAGAAAGUAGAAGAGCAGUGCCACCCACUCAAUGGGCUGAACUUCUCCCAGCCGAAAAUCUCCCAAAACCUUGUUAACCUUUUCAUCACCACACAGUCCCUAUGUCAUGUCCCGUGAGCUCCCACAAGAGGAGGAAGAGGAGGAGGAAGGGUUCCUGCCUCACCUGCUAUUCCCCGACAGCAUUGAUGUGCUCAUGAAAGUGGACAGGAAGUACAAAAAGAAGAAGAAAAAGCAGCAGAAGAAGCAAAAACUGCGACAAUUUAACGACCUCUGGGUUCGCCUUGAAGAAAGUGCUACCGACCCUCCUCCACGGAUCCGCAUCAUCAAUGGCUACAUCACGGUCGAGCCUCAGCCCCGGGGCCGUGGAUGGUCCGGACACACUCGUGCAGACACCAGCAGUGCUCACCAGCUGUCCCAGUCUCUCUUCCUUCCACUACUGUCUUGGACUCUGCAUAAGAUAAUGCUUCACUGAAACGCAGGAGGAUACAAGCUGCAAGACUCUUGCCUUAAAAAAUAAAAUAAUAAUAAAAAAAACUGAUGCAAAAAAGAAAUAGAAGACUAUGAGUGGGACACCUGUUAUUUGGGGUGUUCUUAAACUGCCUCCUUUUCCUGAGUCCGGAUCAUUAACUCUAUUAACUGGUUUGACUUUCCCAAUACAGGAGAAGAUAUUUUAAUGAAAGUGUUAUUUAUCCUUCUCUUGCAGAAGAAUGAUUUCAUGUUAUCCCAUAAUGCUUUGGGGAGAUUAUUAUGCCGCUAUAACAUAGCUGUUGUUUAGCUGUUUGAGCCCAACUAAAGUACAUAUUUUUCACCUUCAGUGCCUUGUGGAAAGAUUUACACACCACUGACUUGUUUAUUAGUACAGAAUAUUUUUUAUCAUCUGAGCACAGCUGGGAAAAACAGUUGGUAUUUUGUCUCUACUGGUAAUGCUUUUAAUUCUUGCUUGUUAAGGCUCCAGAUUACAUAUAAAGGUUCAUAGCAACACCUACAGUAGAAUAAAACAGUGAACACUUGUGAACA